CUCCCUCUCCAUCAGUCCUUUCCAGCAGCAGAAGGAGAAGAAGGAGCAGCCUCUCCUCCGAGAUGGAGAGCUGGUGAACGCGCAGCAGCAGUGGCUGCGGCUCUUCACCCCCCGCCCCCCCCCCUCCCCUUCCGUCCUGCUCGCCACCGCCGGUGGACGUUGCUGGAUGUACCAUGAGGUCCCCGCGGCUCUGGGCAGCUCUGUGCCUCCUCCUCACCGCCUCCUGCCGGCUGUGCGCGGCCGCCCGACACGGUUGCCUGUUUGAGAAGAAGCUGUGUCCCAGAGAUCAGCCGUGCAACGACGAUGGUUUGUUCGGACAGUGCCAGGCUCCUCGCCAGGAGCCCGUCUGGUACCAGGUGUCUGAACCCGUCCUGCACAACCUGCAGGAAGUCCUCAAAGACCUGAUGGUGCAAGGUCUCACGUGGAGGGAUGACGUCACCCAGGCAAUCAUCAGCCGAGAGCUGAGUCACAUUCCUACAGUCGGCGCCUCUGCUAAACUUCAGGAGAAGACGCCCAGACAGCCCUUCAGAUUGUCGGGCUCUGCUCAGCAGAGGGUCCAGGGCCCCGGGGACCCAGCUGACCCCGAGAUGAUGCAGCAGUAUGUGGACUACAUGAUCCUCGAUCCCUCCCGAUCCUCCGUCCACAUGCAGACGCCCCUGCUGGACCCGUACACCUACCACCAGCAGCAGUAUGGCUACCAAGAGGAGGAGGAGCGCUCCCUCAACUCUCUGGACGAUAAUCCGGCCUUCCCGCUCCUCGCCUCCCGCUCCAGAUCCAGAGGAAACCCUCUGGACCAAGAUCGUCAGCUUCUCCAAGAACUGGUGUCCUUUUACCUCACCCCCCCUUCCUCCUCCUCUUCUCCUUCCUCGUCUUCUUCAUCCUCACCCGCGCAGUCCCUCUCACGUCACAGGGGUGCGGCGGCAGCGGCAGCAGCGUCACGUUUCCCCUCGUCCUCCUCCUCGUCCUUCUUCUCGGAGCUAGACUUCCCUCUGGACUACGGCGAGGACUACGUUUCCCAGAUGUCCCAGCUCAGCAAACAGCAGCAGCUGGAGCAGGCAGGGAAGAAGGCACCGAAGGACUACAGCGCCCUGUCAGGACUGGACGAGAGCUCUCUGCAGAGACUGGCUCUGCUGCUCGAUCACUACGGCCUCGACAUGAAGGAUUUGCCCCCCGAGCAGAAAGACAACGUGCCUGUCGCCAUGAAACAGCUGCAGCUCGAGAGGGCCUUCGCCAACAAACAACCCAAAGAUAAAUUUGGGAACAAUGCUAACACAGGAAAGAAGAUCAUGGAGGGCUCAGUCGGAUACAAGUUGGUCCCUCCAGAGGCUCCGCCCUCCACCAUCAAGUCCCCCAAAGCGGAGGCGCCCCAGAAAGAGACGGUUCCCACUCUGCCGUCCGAGCAGCGCAAACUGGGCCAGAAGGAAGAGGCAGCCAAGGCGGGGGAGUACGGCUACAUCGUCACCAACCAGAGCCCCCUCAGUCUGAACGACGGGGUGCGACUGCUGCAGCUGCUGUCAGAGAGGACCGGCCUCUCCACCAGCUCCCUUAUCAACAUCAGUGUUGUCGGACCAUCCAUCACCUUCAGGAUCAGACCCAACUCCAAGAACCUGACAGCUGGAGAUGUGGCAAAGGCUGCAGUUGUGGAGAAGGACUUCCUGGAGUCAGAGACGGGCCUGAAGGUGCUGCAGGGCGGCCUUGGCGAGAAAAAUGACGGGAAAGCAUUGCCCCUGGCGACCCAAGUCCAGCCCAGGUCCCGCUGGGUGUUUGCCACGCUGGUGGCCAUGGCCUGCAUCGGCGCCAUCCUGGUGGCGGCCAUGAGUGUCACCUGCCUGCGUCACCACGCCCACCGCCUGGCAGCAAAGAAGCUUGGGCUGGGACCAGAGGGAGGCAGCUUCAGCCACCAGGAGUACCAGGACCUGUGUCGCCAGCACAUGGCCUCCAAGGGCGCCUUUGGACGCCUGGAAGCCGCUGCCCUGGGUGCCGUGGGAGGAGCGAGUGGUGGAGGAGGCGGUGGUGGUGGAGCCACCGGCUUCAGCGGAGGAGUGGGCGCAGUGGGAGGCGCAGACUCGAGGGUGAGCAGCGUGUCAUCCCAGUUCAGCGAUGGAGCCCAGCCCAGUCCCAGCUCGCACAGCAGCACGCCGUCGUGGUGUGAGGAGCCGGCGCAGUCCAACAUGGACAUCUCCACGGGUCACAUGAUACUGGCCUACAUGGAGGACCACCUGAGGAACAAGGACCGUCUGAUGAAGGAAUGGGAUGCUCUGUGCUCCUACCAGGCGGAACCCAGCGCCGUCUCCGUGGCUCUGAGCGACGCCAACACCAAGAAGAACCGCUGCCCCGACUCUGUGCCCUACGAUCACUCAAGGGUAAAACUGAAAGAGAUCAACCAGUCGAGGUCCGACUUCAUCAACGCCAGCACCAUAAUUGAGCAUGACCCCCGGAUGCCAGCCUACAUCGCCACCCAAGGCCCCCUGUCACACACCAUCUCCGAGUUCUGGCAGAUGGUCUGGGAGAACGGCUGCACCGUGAUCGUGAUGAUGACCGCCCUGGUGGAGGACGGAGAGAAACAGUGUGACCGCUACUGGCCCGACGAAGGCUCUUCCCUCUACCACAUCUAUGAGGUGAACCUGGUGUCGGAGCACAUCUGGUGCAACGACUUCUUGGUGAGAAGUUUCUACCUGAAGAACGUGCAGACACAGGAGACUCGGACGCUCACCCAGUUCCACUUCCUCAGCUGGCCGGCUCAGGGCAUCCCCACCUCAACGCGCCCCCUACUCGACUUCCGCAGGAAGGUGAAUAAGUGCUACAGAGGCCGAUCCUGCCCCAUCAUCGUGCACUGCAGUGACGGGACGGGCCGGACUGGGACUUACAUCCUGAUUGACAUGGUUCUGAAUCGCAUGGCUAAAGGUGUAAAAGAGAUCGACAUUGCUGCGACACUGGAGCACGUCCGGGACCAGAGGCCUGGGAUGGUGCGCACCAAGGACCAGUUUGAGUUCGCUCUGACCGCUGUCGCAGAGGAAGUUAACGCCAUCCUCAAAGCUCUGCCCCAGUGAAACCAGUACGAUCCAGAUCAGCCUCCACUUGGACAGACUGACCCCUGACCUCCCGACUCUCGCACUCAGACCUAACUUUGCUUUUCUCUCUAAGAUGAUGAUGAUGAUAAUCAUGAUCAUGGUCUUACUGUCAGGUGAUUUAAAUAUAAUGUCACUAAAAAAUUAUAAAUAAUGUGCUACUGGACAACUUUGAGGACUAGAAGGAAUUACGCAGGCUUUUAUCUGAUUGAGGUGUGAUGAGUUCAGGACAGACGGUGUGUUGCAUUCUCUGCUUAACUGAUUGAAUAUUAUACCAGGAGGACAAAAAGGCAUUAAAAUAAAGAGGGAAUGAAACAAACACUGGCAUUUCCAAAUCCCUCUGGAGUCCGGGUUACUUUUACUAUUUAGCCCCUUUAAACUGUCCUUACCACAAAUGCAUGUUGUUCUAGUUUAAAAAAUAUUUUUCACAAAGUCUGGCUUAUCAUUUUUUCAGAGUAAAAGGAGACCAGAACCCUAAUUACAAGGAAAAAAAUCAUGGACAAAUCAUGGUGCAAAUCUUGUGUGAUAAUCACCUGAAAUAUUAUUAAAAUACACAUUUCCCUUAUUCACUUCUUAUCUUAUAGUUUAACUCAAGAAAAAACUAAAAUAGUAAAUUUUCGUCGUGAGUUAAUCCUAACUUGUCUUUGUGCCUUACUCAUCAAAAGUCAAUGUAUGCUGUAACUUUACAAAAUACAAAAACUGCUCGGCGGGUCUUUGCUUGAUAUAUAUAAAGUUAUGUUAAAUAGAAUACGCUCAGUGUAUUUAACGACGAGUUGAUGGACUCUAGAGGGUUUUGAAUCAUUUCUGUGAUGCUUCAUAACUUAGAACACUCCUGACUCCUUUCCCAGCCUGAAUGCAUUUUACCCUGAACAGCCUGGCUGCAUGUGAAUGAGCCACUGAUUAUUUAAACAUCAGACUCUGGUCGCUGUGCUCCGAUUUAAACAGCAUUGAAACAGAAACUUAAUUUUUCCGCUUGUCUGUGGUCGAAGUUUAUUGAAGCUGAUUGGUUUUGGUGUCAGCAAGGAGGGAACAUGACUAAAAAUUCAUUUUAAAGCACCAAAAAGCAUAGAAUGUUUGAUGAUAAAAGUGUUAAGACUUGAAGAUCACUAGUUAGGUAUAAGCGGUUUUGCCAGUAAGUCAGGGAUGAAGUUGAAUUCUAAUUGUUCACACAUCUGUCGCGUGCCUUCCUCUCCUCACACAACUAACACCUGCAGAAAAUACAACCAUGCAACGUCCUUCUCUCUGUGUGCCAUUGCAUAAAUUGUUGUAUACCACACGCAAGUAAGAAAAUGAAAAAAAAAAAUCUAAACAAAAGAAAUUGCUAUUAUAUGAAAAAAAAUCUAAGCUAUUUUGUAUCUGUGAGACCUGAAAUAAAUCUUUUCGUGUUUAAGUGCUGCAA